AUGGCGUCCUCCGACAUUCUACUCGUACCGCGUUAUUAUGGGACAAACGCCAGCUACAUCUAUGAAUACUCCCGAGGACUGGGAGGCGUGGACGUUCCUAGGGAUGUCCUAUUUACCCGAAUAAUUUAUGCUUCGCUCACCGUCCUCGCUUUCUGCAUCUUCUGCGGACGCGUUGCUCAGAUAGCGCACGCGCAACUUCGUCUUCUCACCUCUCUGGCAGCGGAUAAAAGACGCCAAGCUUUCUGGAGCAUUGAAAGCUCACGACUAUGGGCAAGCGUGAAGAAGCAUGUCCUAUAUGCGCCGCUCGGAAGAAAGAGACAUAACCGAGAAAUCCAGCUAUCAUCUGCUGUCAAUGUUGGUACUGUGCCCUCGCGAUUUCAGACUAUCCUGAUCACAUUGUAUAUUGCAAGCCAAGUCGCAUACUGCGCCUAUUUGGAUUACAAUGUGAAUGUCAAGGCGGCUCUGGUUGCGGAGCUGCGAGGACGAUCUGGGACUCUGGCCGUCCUCAACAUGGUUCCUCUCUUUCUCCUCGCGGCACGUAACAACCCGCUCAUUCCCCUCCUACGGAUCAGCUUCGAUACAUACAACCUCAUCCACCGGUGGCUGGGCCGAAUCAUCGUGAUCGAAUCUGUAGUUCACACUGUCGCUUGGGCGGUCAAUGCCUGCGAUGAACAAAAUGUCCAGCAUAUGUUGCAGCGCCUCCGCGACACUCCCUUUUUUACAUGGGGUCUCGUUGGUACGGUUUCCAUGGUCUUCCUCUGUCUACACUCUCCAUCGCCACUUCGACAUGCCUUUUACGAGACCUUUCUGCAUCUCCAUCGGCUCGCUGCCUUGGCAGCCCUGAUAGGCGUCUAUGUCCAUUUGGAUAUUGACAGCCUGCCUCAGAGACCCUGGCUCAAAGCCAUUUUCUGCAUAUGGCCUCUCGAGCACAGCUUUAGGCUCCUGAGACUUCUCUAUCUCAAUAUUGGGAAGCACACCACGAAACUCGAGGUGAAAGCACUAGCCGGUGAAGCGUGCUGUGUCACUUUUGAAUUGCCCAGACGCGUGUCCAUGCCUCCCGGAUGCCACGUUUAUGCCUAUAUCCCCUGUGUCUCCUGGUGGAUGUCCCACCCAUUCUCCGUGGCCUGGGCCGAAGACAAUAAUAAUGCUGCAGAAACAAUCCCCCAUCCGCCAAAGGGCCUGGAUCUCGAAAAGCAGAACUUCUCCACGUAUAUGGAGGAGGAAAUGCAGCGCCACUUCACCACAUCUGUCUCGCUUAUCAUCGCUGCUCGCCAAGGCGCCACCAGACGUCUCUACGACAAGGCCAUGGCCUCCCCAGACGGCACAUUCCAGGCAACCGGCUUCGUCGAAGGCCCCUACCUCACGGGCGACCCAACCUUCUUAAGCAGCUACGGCACAGCUGUCCUUUUCGCUGCGGGAGCUGGCAUAACCCACCACCUUUUACAUAUCAAGGAAUUGCUCGUCCUCGCUUCCUCGGACAGCGCUGCCACCCAUCAAAUCCAUCUGAUAUGGUCCGUCAGAACCACUGCUCAUCUCACCUGGGCCAAGGACUUUAUGAACCAGAUCCUCCAACUCCCUAAUCGUCGCGAGAUUCUUAAGAUCAGACUUUUCGUCUCCAAACCGUCGGUGAAUGACCGGCUGAUCUCUUCCCCCAGCGAGACGGUCACGAUGAUACCAGGCCGCUGCCAUCCCGGUAUCAUCCUGGAUGAGAUCCUCCCGGGACGGGUCGGGGCAACGGCGGUUUCCGUGUGCGGACCUGGCAGCUUCGCGGAUGAAGUCCGUGCCGCGACUAGAGAACGAACUGGGAGGGGGAUGGUGGUUGAUUUCGUCGAAGAGGCGUUCAGUUGGUAG